CAGAAUUGAAAAUAAAAAACAAUAUCGCGGGAGUUCUGACAAAAUUUCAACACCAACAAUCAUGAGUAAACAACCAAUUAGUGCGAUGUCUUCAAAGCUGGGUAUUUCAUCACAAAGAACGAUACAGAAGGCAAAGGAGUUACAGCAGCUGAUGGAAAUACGUGUUGGAAGUGGAUCACUGGAUGCCCUGGGUAUUACUGGAUCCUGCCCGCUCAUCAUGUGCCUAGAUCUGGCCGCUUCAGCCACUGGUCAGCCUCUCACCAAGACAGAAGCCAUUCGACUGUCUGGUGUAAACAAGAAGGUAUAUGCCAACGGUCUGAGGGCACUGGAGAGUAUGUUGGAGAUAGAGGUGAAACAAACCAUCAAAGAUCUGGCCAUACAAUUCGGCUGUUCAGGGGCAGUAACUCUAGCUGAGCAGGCCCUUCAGAGAUAUGAAGAAAGUCAUAACAGUAAGUCCUGUACAGAGAUGGACUUCUCCGUUCCCAUGUUCCAAGCCUCUGCUCUUUACGCUGCCUGCAGAAAAUUGAAGACAAAAGUUGACAGAAAAAAAAUUGUGGAAGUGUGUGGUAUCAAGCGUACAACUUUUGACCGGCUGGUGGCAGACCUGGAAAAACUGGCAGAAACAAUUAUUGAUGAACAAAGCAAAGUAAAAUCAACGAAUAAAAAACGGCCAAAGUCACUUAUGGACGACGUCGAGCGUUUUAUGCAAGAGGGAGAGAAUAAACGAGAAAAGACUGAUGAUGCAGAGGAAAAUGGUGGAAAUGUUGAUUAUAAUGACUGGAAAAGGAAAAUUUUAGAGAAAGCUUUAAAAGCUAAAGAAGCAGCCAAGGACAAAAAUAAUAUAUGUGAUUCUUGAUGAAAUUUUAACCUUUAAUGUGAAGUGAUAUAUGUGUAGAUCUUUUGGUGGACAUAAGACUUUGAUGGAAGUACUCUUCCGAAAAAAGUUUUAAACUGCCUGCAGUAUAUUUCUGGAUUUAAGACUAAUAUUGCAUAGUGUUUAUCUGAAACAGGAAUCUCCUUUUGUUACAUACAGUAUUUCAGGUAUCUAACCCAAAGGGAUGACCUAUUGUCAUUGUGUUGAGUCUUGCUGUGCAUUGUUUACUGUACUUUAUAUCAGUAAACUGUUUGGCUGUUGCUAUUGAGCUGAAAGUUGGUGAAGAUGUAAAGCUGAAAUGGCCUCAUCAAAAAUUUUACAUUUAAUUUUUUGACAUCACAGCUGCUAUUUUACAACAACAUGUUUAUUGAAUGAACAUUUUCCUACUUUAAACUUCUUAAGGUCCAUAAAUAUGUUUCCAAUCAGACCUUCCUAAAAUGAGCCAUUCUGUCAGAUGACCAUUAAGGACCAUUGUGCAACAUGUAGGAUUAAAAAGUCAUGUGCUAUACCCAACUUGUGUGACCUGCAGUAUGAUUUUAUUUUAGAUUUAAGGCUGUAUGCUACCUGAUUGAGAAACAUACCUCCUUUUCAAGAGAUCUUUAUACUUAUUAAUUUAUAAUUAAGAAUACUAUAAAUCAUCAAAUGUUAAAAUUAUUUAAAAGACUGGUUGAAUUUGUUGGAGAUACUUUCGAAAAGUUUGAAAUAAUAUGAAAGUAAGAUUCAACUUUCCUUAAGGGGAAUCUCUAUUAUCAACAUGUUUGAGUUUCUAGAACUGAUCAGCUUAAAUGAAAAAAAGUAAUUUUAGAUCUGGAUAUAAUAAAUCUUAUUGAUACCAUAGUACACAUGAGUGUGAACUGUACAUCUUAUGAUUUCAGUCUAAAUGUAUUAUAUUAGCAAUUAAUUUAUUUUCAACUAGAAAAUCAUUAAAUUUCUAGUUGCUUGUAUUACAUACAAUGUACAUGUAUAUAAAUAACCAUGUUUUUUACCUAAAACUUGUGUAAAAGAUAUUGUGUAAUUUUCUCGCCUUAAAACAGAUGUUUCAUCCUGGGUUUUCCAUUGGUAAAGAUGUAACACACAUUAGAUUCUAUAUGAAUGUAUAUACAUAGAUAUCUUCUCAUGAAAUAUUAGAUAAUUUGGUCAGUGAAUUUAAAUUGUGUAAGUUAGCUAAUGAAGAGGGUGAAAGUUUAUGUACGAGUUUGAAUUAAAUUGGAGCCUGCUGGGAGUAAAUGAUUUUGUGAAGGAGAGUUUAUACUGCAUGAACUAGAUCAAAAUAAAAUAAAGAUAUGCCUAAGUUA